AUGAGAUUGAAGGGAACAAAUAAAGUAGAAACAGUCUCAAAACAAGCAAGUUCAAGUGAUGAAGAAGAACUUUUAGGAGUUUAUGGUGAUAUGAAGUUAGGAAACUCAGAAAAGGCUUUAUUUACAGUAAGAGCAGCAUGUAUUCUUGGAUUAGAUACCUUUAUUGAUGGUUCUUUGGUGAAAUAUGUAAUUCAUACUUAUGAAAAUCUCUCUUUUCAGAUGCUUUACAUGUCAUUUUUGAUCCCUGAUAAUCUAAACUUGUUAAAACAGAUGAUAGACUCAUAUUUAUCAAGGAAAAAUCCGAAAUUUCUUGAAGCCGCAAUUUUAUUUCAACUUUUAACUUCAAUCCAAGAAAGUUCAAACGAACUAAGUACUUCUAUAUCCCAUGAAAUAUCAAAGCAAACAUUGGCUGGCUUCAAAUGCGAACAAAUUUUGACAAAAUUUUGGGCAGGUUGUUAUAAAGGAGAUAUAACUCAGAUGUCGAGAACAACAUUCAUGUUAUACCAGAAUCUUGCGGAGUUAUCUUAUAGUUGGAAACAAUUAAUAAUAAGAUAUCCUUAUUCACUUCCAACAAUGCGAGAAUACAUUAAAUUCUUAAAUGGUGUUGGAAGGCAACACAAAAUUGCUGAAGCUCUCCUCAAAGUUCAUCCAAAAUUAAAUGAACCCUUAUCUGCCAACAAUCAAGCGAUGCAAACUACUGGAGCUGAUCCCAAUAGUGAUAUUAAUAUUGCUGUUCUCCAUCAAUCAAUCGAAGAUGCUGUCGAUAGAAGACCAUUAUCUUCAUUGAACCAAACGAAAGCAAGAUUAUGGUUUACAAUCAUUCUUUCCUUUAUUUUCAUCUUGUCUGCCAUCAUUUUGGCCUUUGUUUCAAUGCAUAUGACCUCAAGUAUGAGUAAUUUCUUGUAUUAUUCUGAUACAACAUGUUCAUUGAUAUUCCAUUCACCAAAUCUUUUCGAAGAGAUUGUUCCAAGUGGAGAUAAAGGUCGAGAAACAUUCUUCAACCAUUCCCAGGUUUUAGACGACGCAAUUACAAAUCUUUUACAAGAGAUGCCAGAUAAAAUUCUCAAAUCAAACUCAAACCUUACGAACCAGUUAUGGAAUAAAGUUGAAGAAUAUUCUGGUCUGGAAACUACAGGAAUCGUGAAAUUUUUGAGAUUAUAUUCUUAUUACGCAAGAUCUGUUCCAUUUGUACCAGAAGAUGAUAAUCUUGUAUUAUUAAUGAAGAAUAAUACUCUUGGCAUCGGAUAUUCCGUAUUUUUAGCUUCAGAUGCCGAAUUAGUUUCAAUUCAAAAUAUAAUUUCGGAAUUAGUGAAAUAUAUUCCAAUAUUUUAUGGAAUCAUAUGGGGCGUUAUGCUUAUUAUCAUGGUUCCUUUAAUAUUUAGUGCGAUGCAGAACGUGAAAACUGAAUUGAAAUACAUUUUCAAUCUUUACAUCACCAUUCCACGUUCUUUCAUCACAGAAUUGAUGGAUCCAAGCUCAACAAACAAGAUUACUGAUAAUAAAAAGAACAUGUUCCUUCAGCAAGCACUUGCUUCAAAUUUAAAUCCAUUUGAUGAAGAUGAAAAAGAGCCAGUUAAAGCACAAAAAGAAGUAAAGGGUGUUGAUAACUUAAAAUUGCUUGUUCACGAUCAAUCAUCCGCAGGAACAGUAAUUCCUAAAUAUUUCCAAUUGAAAGUUUGGUUGAUUGUGGGAAGUAUUACGAUUAUUUUGCUUGUAGCUGCAACAGUUGAGGUUUAUCUUUUCUCGGGAUUUGUAAAUGACAUGAUGAUUAUGUUCAAAACUCUUCAAAUGACUGCAAGAAGAACAACAGGUUGUUCAAUAGUUUUACAAGGAAUAUUAAGUAAUUUUACUUAUCUUCCUUAUUCAUAUUGUUCAUACAGACUUCAAUUAACAAAAGAUUUCAACUCAAAAUUGCUUUUAGCAACAAGUGGAAGUGAAGUUUCCAAAAAGAUGUUGACAUCUGAUGCUUUCUAUAGUUUAGUCCAUGACAAAGCAUGUACAAAUGAAUCAGAUAGAGCUUGUUGGCCAUUUACUUAUAUGUUUGAUUAUUUCAUGAUUUUGGCAUCGAAAGCAUAUAAUUCUUCAAUUUCAGAAGAUGAAAUUAAGGAAUUAGUGACAUUGUAUAAUGAUUUCUUUUAUCCUCGUAGUUAUCAAUUGCAUGAAGCUGGAUUUCAAUUUAUAAUUUACGAGUUGAAGAACGAAAGAACAAUUUUAUUAGUUAUUUUCUUUGUUGUUAUUUUCCUUGUUUCAUUAUGUUCAUUUGUUUUCUUUUUACCAAUCAUGAAACAACUUGACGCAACAAAAGAAUCCGUAAAACUUCCUCUCAAAUACAUCCCUCCAAUGAGAGUUCCUGAUCUUCCAAAAGUAAUGCAGUAUUUGCAAGGAGAAGCGGAUUGGCACAGAGGCGGAAUAAUGAAUGAAACUGAUACUCGAUUAGGAAACUAUUUAAAUAUAAUUGAAUAUCCUCAUGCAUUGUUUGAGCAAGAUAAGUCUCUUUUGUUUGCUAAUCCUUCUUUUUAUAAUUUGAUUGGUGCACCAAGAGAAGCUUGUAUUGGUUUAUCUCUCGACGCAAUUUUCUCGAGAUUGAUUAAUUACAAAAAUGAUGAAAAACAUCCUUUCAACCACAUUUUGAAGUUCUUCGAUGACAAUAAUAGUAUAGACCACUCUUGUCUUCGAUUGGUUACACAGUUCGAACGUGGCUCUCAUAAAGCGAAAAACGUUGAGAUUCGAAUGUCAAAAAUUUUGGCAGAAAAUGACAAAUACAUUUAUGCGAUGAUUUUUGAAGAUCUUUCUUAUCACGACCACAAAGAAGAGAUGAUGAGAUAUGAAAGGCAAGUUGCAGAGAAUUUGAAGAUGUAUGCAUUGCCUCAACAACUUUCAAAUGUUCUCACAACAGAUGGAGAAUUAAAAUCAAAGACAUUUGACAGGGCAGUAAUGGCAUCAUUUUCAUUAAGUUACGCAACAAUAAGAGAUGAAUAUGAUGGAGAGCUUGCAGAUGGAUGUUCCCUUUUCAUGAAGGCUGCAAAGGAAGUAUCAGGUGUAUUCCCGAACAUCGUUAAAUUGAUACAUGAACCUCCUCAUUUCGUUUUCAUGCAGUUACCAGAUGAUUCAGACCCAAUUGAUGUCCAAACCGUACAAGGUGUUCAUUUCAUUAAUGCAAUAUAUAACUCGUUUAACUCGAGUUCUAAUAAGUUCAAACUGUCUACAUUGAUGCUCGUUGGACAGAUCAUUGUGAUACCAAUGAAGGUGAAACUUCCUGUUUUGGAAGCAUUCGGAAAUGGAUACAAAUCUUUGAUUUUAAAGAGAGAAAAAAUCAAAAAUUCUGGAAAAUUUUAUGUGACGAAGGAAACUUCCGUUUACUUAAAUGACAAUAAGAGCUUCACAUUAACACUUGAUAAGGAUUUGGAGCUUGUUUCUAUAACUCCAAAGCAUAUAGAUGAAUAA